AUUGUUAACACGAUGCGAUGGCAGUUGGCAAUUAUGUGGCUUUUCGCCUCGGCGUUUGCAGUACCUGUCAUAAAGUGGCGCCGCCAAAUAGUGACGCCGAAGCACUUGAUGGCACCACCUUUGUUACCCAUCGCACAGGACAAAGUUGUGGUCACCCCGCAGAAGCUUAGAGAAGUGGCUGACUUGAAGGCCAUGAUUCAAAAGGCCGUCGAUGAGAACACUUCCGUGGUGUCCGCUGCACCAUCAAAGGAUUUUCUAGCAACACUGGGUGGAAAUUGGGGAACACCUUUAUCCUUGCCUCCUUCCUGGACUGCGCCAGCCUUUAAUCUUAAAUUUUCUUGGCAUGGAUUUGGCUAACAACAUGCAACGAAUUUGAUC